AUGGCUGGCGACGCUACUGCCAACGGUCCUGCUGCCCCGAGAAGCAACAGGCCUCACCACGCCGAUUCUCCCUAUCAGUCCAUCGGCGACUUUCUGUCGAAUACCAACAACUUCAAAAUCAUCGAGAGCACGCUACGAGAAGGCGAACAAUUCGCCAAUGCGUACUUUGACACUGAGACCAAGAUCAAGAUUGCCACAGCUCUGUCUGAUUUUGGCGUCGAGUACAUCGAACUGACCAGUCCACUAGCGAGCGAGCAAUCGCGCAAGGACUGUGAAGCAAUCUGCAAGCUGGGCCUCAAGUCCAAGAUCCUGACCCAUGUUCGAUGCACAAUGGAAGAUGCCAAGGUGGCAGUUGCAACCGGCGUAGAUGGCGUCGAUGUUGUAAUCGGGACCUCCAAGCAGCUUCGGGAGCAUUCUCACGGCAAGGAUAUGGCCUAUAUCACCAAGACCGCCAUUGAGGUUAUUGAAUAUAUCAAGAGUGAGGGACUCGAAGUUCGAUUUUCGUCUGAAGACUCGUUCCGAUCCGACCUUGUCGAUCUCCUGUCGCUGUACAAGGCUGUUGACGCAGUCGGCGUUAACCGCGUCGGUGUCGCUGAUACUGUCGGAUGCGCUACGCCUAGACAAGUCUACGACCUGGUCCGCACCUUGAGAGGCGUUGUCUCGUGCGAUAUUGAGACUCACUUUCACAAUGACACAGGUUGCGCCAUCGCCAACGCCUACGCUGCCCUCGAGGCGGGAGCCACCCACAUUGACACAUCUGUCCUGGGCAUCGGCGAGCGAAACGGCAUUACUCCUCUGGGAGGUCUGCUCGCUAGGAUGAUUGUCGGAAGCCACGAAUACGUCACCUCCAGGUACAAGCUGCAUAAGCUCAAGGCGCUAGAGGACCUGGUUGCGGAGAAUGUCGAGAUUAACAUCCCCUUCAACAAUCCAGUGACCGGAUUUUGCGCCUUUUCUCACAAGGCCGGCAUCCACGCCAAGGCUAUUUUAAACUCUCCGUCGACGUACGAAAUCAUCAACCCCGCCGACUUUGGCAUGAGCCGAUACGUCCACUUUGCUUCUCGAUUGACUGGCUGGAACGCUAUCAAGAGUCGUGUUGAGCAGUUGGGUCUCUCAAUGACUGAUGACCAGAUCAAGGAAGUAACACAAAAGAUCAAGGCCCUGGCCGACAUCCGCCCCCUUGCCGUGGACGACGCCGACUCGAUUAUUCGAACGUACCACCUUGAAUUGCAAGCGUGA